GCUCCGUCCCGCGCCCUCUCGCGCCCCGGGUCCCGCCGGCGCGUGGUCGCCCCCGGCUCUCCCCCUUCUCCCCUUCCCCUCCACGGGGCGUGCGGCAACUUUCCGUCGCCUCUCCUCGCGCCCCCUUAUAUGUGGCCAUGGCGGUGCCGGCGGCUCUGAUCCCUCCGGCCCCGCUGGUGCCCCCGCAGCCCCCGGUCUGCACGUCCGCGUCCUCCUCCGGCGCCGCCACCGCCACCGCCACCUCCUCGGCGACCUCGUCUCCGGCUUCGUCCGUCGGGCCGCCGGCGUCCUCGGGGCCAACUCUGUUCCGGCCGGAGCCCGUCGCUCCGGCGGCCUCAGUCCCCUCCGGCGGCAGCGGCUCGGGCAACGGCGGCGGCGGCGGCAACCCCAGCCUGGCGGCCGCGAGCGGCGGCCUCGGCGGCGGCGCCUCCAGCACCCCCACCAACGCCGGCGGCGGCGGCGGCGGCGGCGGCAGCAGCGCCAGCAGCAGCAGCAGCAGCAGUAGCAGCAGCAGCUCGGGCAGCAGCACCGGCAGCACCGGCAGCAGCAGCGGCGGCGGCCCCCUCCCCGGGAAGCCCGUGUACUCGACGCCGUCCCCCGUGGAAAACACGCCCCAGAACAACGAGUGCAAGAUGGUGGACCUGAGGGGCGCCAAGGUGGCCUCCUUCACGGUGGAGGGCUGCGAGCUCAUCUGCCUGCCCCAGGCCUUCGACCUGUUCCUCAAGCACUUGGUGGGGGGCUUGCACACGGUCUACACCAAGCUGAAGCGGCUGGAGAUCACGCCAGUGGUGUGCAACGUGGAGCAGGUCCGCAUCCUGCGGGGGCUGGGCGCCAUCCAGCCCGGGGUGAACCGCUGCAAGCUCAUCUCCCGGCGGGACUUCGAGACCCUCUACAACGACUGCACCAACGCCAGUUCUAGACCUGGAAGGCCUCCUAAGAGGACUCAAAGUGUCACCUCCCCAGAGAACUCUCAUAUCAUGCCACAUUCUGUCCCUGGCCUCAUGUCUCCUGGGAUAAUACCACCAACAGGUCUGACGGCGGCCGCUGCAGCAGCUGCCGCUGCUACGAACGCAGCUAUCGCGGAGGCGAUGAAGGUGAAAAAGAUCAAAUUAGAAGCUAUGAGCAGCUAUCAUGCCAGUAAUAACCAACAUGGAGCAGAUUCUGAAAAUGGGGACAUGAACUCAAGUGUUGGACUGGAACUUCCUUUUAUGAUGAUGCCCCACCCUCUCAUUCCUGUCAGUCUACCUCCAGCAUCCGUCACCAUGGCCAUGAGCCAGAUGAACCAUCUCAGCACCAUCGCAAACAUGGCAGCAGCAGCCCAAGUCCAGAGCCCUCCCUCCAGAGUUGAGACAUCUGUAAUUAAGGAGCGUGUUCCCGACAGCCCCUCACCUGCCCCCUCCCUCGAGGAAGGCCGGAGGCCUGGCAGUCACCCAUCAUCCCACCGCAGCAGCAGCGUGUCCAGCUCCCCAGCGCGGACGGAGAGCUCUUCUGACAGAAUCCCUGUCCAUCAGAAUGGGUUGUCCAUGAACCAGAUGCUGAUGGGCUUAUCACCCAAUGUGCUCCCUGGGCCCAAAGAGGGAGAUUUGGCUGGUCAUGACAUGGGACACGAGGCAAAAAGGAUGCAUAUUGAAAAAGAUGAGACCCCGCUUUCCACACCAACCGCAAGAGACAGCCUUGACAAGCUUUCUCUAACUGGGCAUGGACAACCACUGCCUCCAGGUUUUCCGUCUCCUUUUCUGUUUCCUGAUGGAUUGUCUUCCAUAGAGACCCUUCUGACUAACAUACAGGGGCUCUUGAAAGUUGCCAUAGAUAAUGCCAGAGCUCAAGAGAAACAGGUCCAACUGGAAAAAACAGAGCUCAAGAUGGACUUUUUAAGGGAAAGAGAACUAAGGGAAACACUUGAGAAGCAGCUGGCCAUGGAACAAAAAAACAGAGCCAUAGUUCAAAAGAGGCUAAAGAAGGAGAAGAAGGCAAAGAGAAAAUUACAGGAAGCCCUUGAAUUUGAGACAAAACGGCGUGAGCAAGCAGAACAAACAUUAAAACAGGCAGCUUCUACAGACAGUCUCAGGGUCUUAAAUGACUCUCUGACCCCAGAGAUAGAAGCUGACCGCAGUGGCAGCAGAACAGAUGCUGAAAGGACAAUACAAGAUGGAAGACUUUAUUUGAAAACUACUGUCAUGUACUGAAUCUUUCCUGUUGAAGAAACCCAUGUUAAAGUAAAGAACUUUGUGGUCAGACAUCUGUCAUUGGAAAGUUCGGAAAAAAAUAAGUCCUUUUAAGGGAACUUCCUCAAUUUUGUGUAUCAAUGGUCUUUAAAAGUUUAAGUAUUCUACAAAAAAAAAGUUUCCUCCAUUGAUUGAUUUCCACCUGUGGUUCAUACCAGAGACCUGAGAAUGUUUAUAAUGUACAAGUAUCAAACUUCUUACAGUUAAUAACUGCAACCUUGCUGCUGGGCACUUGUAUACAGAGCUAAAGGCAGGUCUGAAUAAGACCUAGCUUUGUAUUUUUUAAAUGGAUGAACCAUUGUCCUCUUCUGAAGAUUCUGUGUCUGAGCACAUCAAGAGGCUGUCAUAGCAGUGGCCAUCCAGACUUAUAGAAUUAUGUCCUCAAGAAACCAGCCAGAACACUUGGAAAUGAACUUGUAGGGGACAUGGAGGAUCCCUAAAAGAAGUCAACAAAACAAAGCAUAAUAUUCUGUUACAUUCAAUUUUAAACUCCCUAAUUGUGGGUUUUCUCCUGAAGAUUCUUUUUCAUGUACUUUCCAAAAGACCAACCAAUGGAUGUUGACAACAACCCAGUGAAAUAACAUUUUGCAUAUCUGAAAAGAAGCAUUGACUAUAAGCCAAAAGGUGUCACUGAAGGUCGUUUUUCUUAAACACACAAAUAAAUAAAUGUAACAUGUUUUCAUUCCAAACUGGUAGUGGUAUAUAGAAUUUAAAAUAAUAAUGAUGCUUCUUAUUCAAACUGUUGGUCACAUGUACAGUAUAUACACAUAAAACAUACAAGGAAGGUAUUAUGUAUGCAGUAGUAUAAUAGAGUUUAGGAAAAUGAAAAUUUUAGAAAAUAUGUUUUGUCAUCCUGUUAGUCAGAAAGGACACCUUUCUGGUUUUAACGCAUGCAGGCAUGUAAAUAUUUGUCUGGAGUCACAGUAUUAAUGAAUGAGAUCUUAAGUGUCUGGUGACAUUAGAACUCUGUGUCAGCCACUUUUAUUUGUAUAUUGAACCCUAGUUAGUGCCCCAAACUGCACUAUUGAGAAUGGAUUGUGGCUGAACAGGAAAUCAAAACACCAGAAAUAUUUUUAUAUGUUAAUGUCAUAUUAUGUUAAUGUUGCUGAAGAAACAAAAGUUAACAACCCUUGAUGUAUCAGUCCAAUACCAUGUAGCUCUGAGUGAUAACGUUAAAAUGUGUUGUGCUUCCCCCCCACCGGUCAGAGGGAAGGGUGCCUACCUGUUAUUUUCACUGUCUUUUGAAAGUUACAGUAUGUGUUUCACUUUUGUGCAGAUAACUGGAAACAAAGGUGCAAACAGUGCUUAUUUAACACUGAAGUUACCUUCUCUUUGUUUUUACAUAUCUGGAGUUACAGCUUUGAAGACUGAUAUGAAUCAGUACAGUCACUGUACAUUUUGAUUUUGCUGUCAUCUUAAAAUUUUAUGAUCAAAAUGUUAUUUAUUGCCAUAAAUAGCAAAAUCUUAAAUAUCCAAGAAAACCAGCUUAAACAUGUACAAAGAGCAUUCUGAUUGGGUAUUAUGUGGGUAAGAAAAUAAAUUAAUAUUAUAGAUACUCUGGCACUAAGCUAUAAUUUUUAGGUCUUCCUUGCAAUACUGAAACAUAUUUCUUUUGUGUAGCUCGGUAUUAACUAGCCAAGUCCAUUUUUUAAUACAAUAAAAAGGUUAUAUAUACAGUUCCUAUUUUAGCUUGCUUAAAAGGGAGCAAUAUUUUUAUUUAAAAUAUUGUUAGUAAAUGCUUUGUAGAGACUUGGUUUUCUAAGCAUAGUUCUUCCAUAACCAUCUUUGGUUGUUUUGAGCACAAGAGAUUCUAUUCCUUGUUGUAAUUAUUUCUUGUUUUACCCUGUAUGUAGUCUUUAAAGGAUUACAACACUUAAAAUUGGAGGAACUUAUAACAAGCUUUUGAAUCAUACAUUUUUUAAAAGAUUUUUUAAAAAGCCUACAAUUUACAUAAGUAGAAUCAGCCAUUGCUCUGCUCCUUGCAUAGAGUCACCUGUUAAGUAGGUUUAAUAGUUUUAAAAUACAUUCUUUCAAGAUCUUGAGAAUGCUUUAGUGUUUGGUUCAGUAUAAAAGGAAAUUUUAGCAAGGAUUAAAUAAAAAGCUAUCAGCUGUAUGUUAAGAGAGAAUCUUACUAACAUGUUGUAAAUAUUAUAAUUCAUGAAAUGUUAUUUUAAGUCUGUAACUUAAGUUUUUCUUCCCUUUUUUUAGGUUGGUUUGAAAUUGGUUUUUUUGGUAUAAACAAGUAAAACUGUGCCCGUUUUAUGGUUUCCAUGCUUUUAUAAUCCUUAAAGUAUUAAUGUCUAGUUGUUCUAUAUUAUAACCACAUUUGCGCUCUAUGCAAGCCCUUGGAACAGAACAUACUCAUCUUCACGUAGGACCUAUGAAAAUUGUCUAUUUUUAUCUAUAUAUUUAAAGUUUUCUAAAAAUGAUAAAAGGUUAUUACGAAUUUUGUUGUACAAAAUCUGUACAAAAAUCUGUUUUUACAUCAUGAUGCAAGAAUUGGAAAUUUUUCUAUGGUAGCCUAGUUAUUUGAGCCUGGUUUCAAUGUGAGAACCACGUUUACUGUUAUUGUAUUUAAUUUUCUUUUUCUUUUCAACAAUCUCCUAAUAAAACUGUCUGAAAUCUCCCUGUGA